GCCACCUGCCGGGGAAACUUGUGGAUUGUUGCCCUCGGGUCGCUUCUGGGCGGGGACGCGGAACUGGGCUAUGGAACGUCCGUCGGGGACUCGCGAGCCCCGGGCCCAGCCGAGAGAGCGGGACCCAGACAGGCACCUCCGCUCGGACCGAGACCGCCACCCCGAGCGAGAGCGGGACAGAGCCGGAGACCGGCGCAGGGAGAGAAACGGAGGCGGGCGGAGGGACGGGGACCGGGACAGGGAGAGGGACCGAGAACCCCGCCAGGACAGACACAGAGCCGGGGACCAUCGCACUGGUGAACAAAGAGUUCGGGAAAAAUCCCGCCAGAGGCAGACGCGGAACGGACCCCAGCGGCCGACCUGGGACGCUGCCCCGCCCCCCUGGCCCGCGCCCUGGGAAACCCCGGAGCCGCCGCCCCUGCGGAAGGAGGGCCUCGGACGCCGCGGAGCAGAAAGUGAACCCACUUCAGGGAGAUAUCCACUCUCGAACCCCAGGCCUGAACUGGAGGAAGUGGAGUAUUACCAGUCAGAGGCUGAAGGACUCCUGGAAUGCCACAAGUGCAGAUACCUGUGCACCGGAAGAGCCUGCUGCCAAAUGCUGGAGGUUCUCCUGAACUUGCUGAUCCUGGCCUGCAGCUCUGUGUCUUACAAUUCCACGGGGGGCUACACGGGCAUCACCAGCCUUGGGGGCAUUUACUACUACCAGUACGGAGGGGCUUACAGUGGUUUUGAUGGUGCCGACGGGGAGAAAGCACAGCAGCUGGAUGUCCAGUUCUACCAGCUAAAGCUGCCCACGGUCACUGCGGCCAUGGCCUGCAGUGGAGCCCUCAUGGCCUUCUGCUGCCUCCUCAUUGCCAUGGGUGUCCUGCGGGUCCCGUGGCAUUGCCCCACGUGGCUGGUGGUCGAAGGCUUAUUGGACGUGCUCAUUGCCGGGGCGUACAUCCCAGCUUUGUACUUCUACUUCCACAACCUCUCUGCGGCCUAUGCCUCCCUCGUGUGUAAGGAGAGGGAGGCGCUGUACCAGAGCAAAGGGUACAGUGGCUUCAGCUGCAGUUUCCAUGGGGGAGACAUAGGAGCUGGAAUCUUUGCUGCCCUGGGCAUUGGGGUCUUUGCCCUGGGGGCCGUGCAGGCCAUCAGGGAUUACCAGAAGGUCAGGAAGCUGAAAGAGAAGCCCGCAGAAAUGCUGGAGUUUUAGGCUUUUUAAAACAUUCUGCUGAACUUGAGUGAUGGAAGGUACUCUGAGCUGCUGUCUGUGAUGGAAUACUUGGCUGUAGAGCUUGUCAACCCUUGAAAAGUAACAGGCCAUUUUGGCUUGCUGGACCCAGCUCCAGGUUCCCUGGUGCAGCACUCCGUGAUGUAAUAUGUCCUGGUUCUGAAGUCCUGUGGUGAGAGACUAACCAAAAUUACUUUAAAAAAACAAAAACAGAAACAACCAAAACUGGAGCCCAAGACCAACAAGGAAAAGGCAUGUGCUGCAGGAAAAUGCACUUCAUGAUUAAAUAAAGGGAGACAACCAAGUGAAUGUGAAGGCUUUUAUCUUCAAAGUUCAUGAAAAGCCACAUAGACAUGAAACAACAUUUCAGCCUGAAGUUCUCCAAACAUAGCUGUCUUAAGCAGAUUAGCCCUGAAUUUUUUCCACGCUGAACUCUCAGUCCUUCAUUUCCUUAAUGCUCUGGAUAGGGGUGGGGGUGGGGCCCUGGGGAAACUAGUCCUGUAAGAUUUAAGUUGGAGGGAGGCGUGGGCUGGGGAAAGAGGAAUCAGAUUAAUUCACUGAGUUGUAAAGAAGCGAUUCUAACAAGCCCCUUAACAAUGGCCUUGAAAGCUCAGUAAGUGUUUUGUACCUCUUGUAAAUGUGCCAUUGUAGGAAGAAUUCAACCCGACAUCCAGAAUUCAGGAUCCAUCCAAAAUUAAAGAAUAUAAAAUCUUUCCCAGCAGAAGAAUGCUACUUUUGGCCAGACAACUUCCUGGGUUCCUAUUGCUUGUUAAAUGAUGACUUAUGGCACAGUCCCAUAUAUUCUUGGUACAGGUGAAUAUGUUCUUUGCUUUAUGUGGCUCCAAUAAAACUCCAAAGAAAAAUUUUAAUUUGGAGGUGAUGGUUCUCUUUACAAUAUGUUUAUAAUGUUAUUUCCUUACUUAUCACAUUUAAAAAGUGAGUUCCAUUUGGGUUUAGAAAAGGAAAUACAUAUGUUUGCUUAUAUAUGAUUAGAAAACUAGAGGAUAAUGAGAAAGUAUUACCAGUUUUUGCUCCUAGAGAGAUUUAAACAAUUUUUUUCAUUUUAUGUAGGACUUGACUGCACAUGUAUUAGUUUUACUUUAGAAAAAUUAAAAAUAAAAAAUUUGAUUUGC